UCCCAAGGACUGAUUCGUUUUUUGUGUGUCGCCAUUUGCUUGUUACACCUGCCAACAUUUGGAUUCGGCAACUUAAAAAACAUAGAUCAGGAGUAAAACAAUGUUAUAGUGUAGAUCAAUAUUUUCUAGAUUAACUUAAGAGAUUCUUCUUUGGAUAAAACAGUGGGUGUUUUAUAUCAGUUAAUUGUAUUUAAUAAAAAUAAAGAUGUCUAAUAGUGAUUUAGCCAAACGACAGACCGUACCGAUUUCAAAGCAGGACUGUCAUGGCGGUGACUCGAGCAAGAGAAGCGAAACUCUGCUGAAGGCAGUGAGGGACAAGUGCCUAGCCAAGGGCAGCCAGGGCAUCCACGAGCUGGGCAUCAUGUUUCGCCAUCUGGACAUCGACUACAACAAGAGGAUCACCAUAGACGAGAUGAAGGAGAAGUUCCAGGAGUUUGGGAUCACGUUGUCACAGGAGGAACUGUUGGAGUUUUUCAGAAAUCUCGACACGGACGGGAGCGGGGGCGUGGACUUUGUGGAGAUGAUGACGGCACUCAGGCCGACCAUGAGCGAGAGCCGGGUCAAGGUCAUCAACGAGGCCUUUGACCUCGUCGAUUCCGGGAAAAAUGGAACCAUCGAGGUGGAUGAGAUUAGGGUUGUGUACGCUGCCAACGCCAGACGACACCCCAAAUUCGUGUCCGGUGAAUGGACGGAAGAGCAGACGUUACGCUACUUUCUGGACAGCCUCGACACACCCGGAAGUCCGGACGGCAAAGUGACCAGACAGGUAGCUUCUGAUCGUCUGUUGAUGGUUGUUUAUCGUUGUCCUUUUUCUCUCGUCAAGUUUCAAAUUUAA